GAAGAAAAACCCAAUUGAAUGCCAAAAGCAAUGAUUAAAGUUGUUCUGUUUCCACCAUUAUCGUGAUGAUUUGGAUAAAAUACUAACAAUGGUUGGUUGUUGCCAUAAGUAGAAGAAGAAGAAGGAAGGAUGUGUAUUUCUCUCUCACUUGAAUCAACUUUUGAGCUGAGCACUCACGGGAUGUUUCUGAAUCAUCUUUUCGCUGCCCUCUUCUUCACUUCAUGAUGUCUCAUUUUACAAGAAGCCGUGAGUGAGCUUUACUGUGUUUAUCUCUCCCUCUCUCUCUCUGUAAAGUCUCAUGAUCUUCUGCUUCUUGCAUAUCAACUGUUUGUUUAAUUUCCCAUUUUAUAUAUUGUAGCCUAGAGUAAGAGUAGGCGCCCAUUUUGACAUGUUUAUAACCCUUUAAUUUCUUCUACCUGCUUUAGAUUGGUGAUUCAAACUUCAAACCACAAACCACAGUACAUGAAAACCCAUCUCUUUAGAACCCAUGUUUAUGAAUCAGUUCAUGCACUUUUUGAAAUCAAUUCACACUUUCAGAAGGAAAUCCCCUUUUGAUUGUGUGUUUUAACAAAAAGCUGAUCAGAUCUUCAAUGGCAACAUCAUGUUUCAGGUUUUCAUGGCUUAAGAAAUCAAAGAGAGAUCCACCUCCAUCAACAGUUCCUUCCACUUCCAAUUCAAGACUCGGUCUUGAACGUGAGAACAUGGAGAGAAGAAGGUUCGACAGUCUAGAAUCAUGGUCCAUGAUAUUAGAUUCUGAAAAUAUCGAUACUUGGGAGAUUAACAAGGAAGAUAAAGAAGAAUGGACAGCCGAUCUCUCUCAACUAUUCAUCGGAAACAAAUUCGCUUCAGGCGCCCAUAGCCGGAUUUACAGAGGUAUCUACAAACAGAGAGCCGUUGCUGUUAAAAUGGUUAGAAUCCCAACUCACCGACAAGAAACUAGGGCUUUGCUUGAAGAUCAAUUCAAAUCUGAAGUUGCUCUUCUUUCCCGUCUUUACCAUCCCAAUAUAGUUCAGUUUAUAGCUGCUUGUAAAAAGCCACCAGUUUACUGUAUAAUAACAGAAUACAUGUCUCAAGGAAAUCUAAGAAUGUAUCUUAACAAGAAAGAGCCAUAUUCUCUAUCAAUUGAAACAAUACUGAGGUUAGCCUUAGACAUAUCUAGAGGAAUGGAGUAUCUUCAUUCACAAGGUGUGAUUCACAGAGAUCUUAAGUCGAAUAAUCUUCUUCUCAACGACGAAAUGCGUGUCAAAGUUGCUGAUUUCGGUACCUCUUGUUUGGAAACUCAAUGUCAAGAAUCGAAAGGAAAUAAAGGAACUUAUCGUUGGAUGGCGCCGGAGAUGAUCAAGGAGAAACCUUAUACCCGUAAAGUCGAUGUUUACAGCUUUGGGAUAGUUCUAUGGGAGCUAACCACAGCUUUGCUUCCUUUCCAGGGAAUGACUCCAGUUCAGGCUGCAUUUGCCGUCUCUGAAAAGAAUGAAAGACCACCGUUGCCUUCGAGUUGUCAGCCGGCUUUGGCUCAUUUGAUAAAACGAUGUUGGGAUGCUAAUCCGGCUAAGCGACCUGAUUUUGGUUACAUUGUUUCGACUUUGGAGAAGUGCGAUGAGUGUGUAAGGGAAGGGCUUCCAUUGACUUCUCAUUCGGGUUUUGUAAGUCGUAAUGUGAUUCUUGAACGACUAAAGGGGUGUGUGUCGAUGAGCUCGUCUAUACCUGUACAGGCUUGACUUGUUCUAACUGUGUUUGUCAAAUUUGUUCAUACUUUUAUUAUACAAUCUGUAUAUAUAAAAUAUGUAAUUGAUUUCCUUUUUAUCAAUUCAAUUGAAGAUAUGUGAAA